UGUCGUGCAGCGCUGGAGGUUGCAGCCACAGUUCCGUGUUCACUUCACACAGCAGCAGCUGAGCUGGAUGAGAGUCGCUGCGUGUCUGCAUUUCACGCCGCGAAACUACGUCGCCGUGCGGGGAUCUGUGGAGCGUGGGGCAGCCUCUCACGCAAUCGCAUCUCCUCGAUCUACGCCGCAGCAGCGCCAUGCUCACGCGUGUGAAGUCGGCGGUGGCCAGUUUAAUGGGAGGCAUGAUGGCAGGAGGCUCCAACGGAGAGCACCACAGCGGCUCCGAGCUGCCGCUGAAAUUCCCCUACAGUAGACCAGAGUUUCUGGGACUGUCGCCCGACGAGAUCGAGUGCUCGGCGGAUCACAUAGCGAGACCGAUCCUCAUCCUGAAGGAGACCAAGCGGCUGCCCUGGUCCACUGGCUACGCGGAAGUGAUCAAUGCAGGAAAGAGCACAUUGAACGAGGACCAGGCCUGCUGUGAAGUGCUGGUGGUCAAAAGGAGACCGGCCGGAAGCUCCACACCCAACCGGACCCCCUUGGCCCGCAGGAGGUCUUCCCUGCCCAAUGGGGAGGACGUGGGCCUACAGGAGAACACGGAUGGCUCUGAAGACCUAACCUUCCACUACUGGGCAUUGUUUGAUGGCCACGCAGGCUCUGGGGCAGCUGUAGUGGCUGCCCGCCUUCUUCAUCACCACAUCGCUCUGCACCUCCAAGAAGUGACCGAGAUCCUCUGCACUCCCAACCUGCUGCCACCCACAUGUCUCGGCGAGGAACCAAUCAGUCACCAUCUCACCCCGACGUCCCAGCGCGCCCUCACCAGGGCCGCUUCCCUGCGGGGAGCUGCAGGGGCUCCGGGUUCACCCAGCACGCCACCCACCCGCUUCUUCACCGAGAAGAAAGUUUCACACGAGAGUCUGGUGGUUGGCGCCAUUGAGAAUGCCUUCAAAGACAUGGACGCACAGAUAGAGAAGGAGAAGGCGGCCUACAACGUCUCGGGUGGCUGCACUGCUCUGGUGGUUCUCUAUUUACUCGGGAAGCUCUACGUUGGCAACGCAGGGGACAGCAGAGCGAUUAUUAUCCGUGCUGGGCAGGUGAUCCCCAUGUCAACAGAGUUUACACCGGAGUCUGAGAGACAGCGACUGCAGUUCCUUGCAUACAUGCAGCCCCACUUAUUAGGCAACGAGUUUACACAUCUGGAAUUCCCAAGGAGAGUGCAGAGAAAAGAGGUUGGCAAGAGGAUGCUGUACCGUGACUUCACCAUGUCGGGAUGGGCGUAUAAAACCAUCGAGGACGAUGACCUCAAGUUUCCCCUGAUAUACGGCGAAGGAAAGAAGGCUCGUGUGCUGGCGACCAUCGGGGUCACGAGAGGUCUUGGGGACCACAACCUCAAAGUGCACGACUCCAACAUCUACAUCAAACCGUUCUUGUCCUGCUGUCCAGAGGUCAAAGUUUACCCUCUCGCGCAGCACGAGCACGGCGCCGACGACGUCCUCGUGCUGGGAACGGACGGUUUGUGGGACGUCCUCGCCAACCAGGAAGUAGCCGAAGCGGUCACGUCUUUCCUGUCAAACUGUGACCCCGACGACCAGCACAGGUACACGAUGGCGGCGCAAGACCUCAUAAUGAGAGCACGAGGAGUGCUGAAGGAUCGCGGCUGGAGAAUAUCCAACGACCGACUGGGCUCCGGAGACGACAUCUCUGUCUACAUCAUCCCUCUCAUGUAUGGCAACAAGCAGAAUUAACCCGAUGACAUAAGUGCGUCCAAAACAAAAACGUGACCCUGCCUUUACCCCAGCCCCU